GCGAUUUUAUAUUUAUUGGAGCCGUUGCAGUCCGUUGAAGUUGAACGCGUAUUCCUUAUUUGGCUUCCUUAGUCGGUUCAGUCACGAGAAGGUGCUUGCGAAAAAGACGACACAUCAGAUUCAACAUGAGCUACUACGAUCAUCAGCAACAACCACCAGUGGGUGUUCCUCCUCCACAGGGGUAUCCACCAAAGGAUGCUUAUCCACCUCCAGGGUACCCUCCAGCACAAGGGUACCCACCACCAGGGUACCCCCAACCAGGGUAUCCUCCACAACAAGCGUAUGCUCCACAGUAUGCUCAACAACCUCCACCUAGACAAGAAGCUGGUUUUCUUGAAGGAUGUUUAGCGGCACUAUGCUGCUGUUGCCUAUUGGACGCGUGUUUUUGAGGUCUGAAGAAUAAAUAAGAUUUGGAUGAUUGAGGGCUGACUCACAUCUUUCAUCAGCUUUAUUUGUGAAUUAGCAUUAAUCUGUUUAGGGUGUCAUUAUUAUUCGUAGAAUAUCUUUUUCAUUCAGAAUGUGUGAUCUACUACCACUAUACUAUGACUCUGAUCAAAUCACCAAAGUGUAUGGAUUCUUUAGUAGUUUGGUCAAUUCAGUAUCGGCUUAGUUUUCCCAUUGAUUCCAUUGAA